AUUUCUCUGUUCCUUCAAAAGCACCAUGGGUCCUAAGAAAAUGUCUCAGAAACUCUUUGAUUAUCGGCUUAAAAGCCGCGCCACCAAGUCCCCUAUCUUCUAUAUCAUUGCAUUUAUCGUUAUAUUUUUCUUCGUCUAUGCUGAGAAUAUUUUCUCAAGUUCUUCAAUCCUACAGGCCAUUCAUUUGACUGCUCAACAAUCCGCAGAUGAACUAAGGUUGCCUCAACCUGAAGAAUUCACUGAUCAGUCAUCAAUUGUCGACAGUGUUGGUGCCUUCGAGCUUUCUCCUCAAGAAAAUGAAGAGACAGAGGCUGCUCAGCAAUCUGCAGAUGAACUUACCAUACCUCAAUCUGAUGAACCAUCUGAGCCAUCGAUUGUCGACAGUGUUGACGCUACCCAGCUUUCUGCCAAGGAAAAUGGUGAAGACCAAGAGACAGAGACUGAAGAAGAAGAUGAAAAAGAAGAUCCUCUUAUGCCCCCAGAACAUGUAUCCAAGGAAGAGAGAAUGGCCUGGUUCAGAAGAAGACUUCCAGAACUGAAGAUUCUUAAAUCAAACGGCUUGUCACAGCAGUUUCAUAACAGAGUCAUGAGUUUCCUCAACACAGGCUGCUCAUUGCUGUUUCACAUCAUAUGGCUGUCACCAACAAGGUCCUUUGGGAAGAGAGAUUUUCUCACCAUGGACACAAUCUUUCAGGUCCACCCUCAAGCAUGCCUGCUAAUAGUGUCAAGAACAAUGGAUUCCAAACGAGGGGAUGAAAUUCUGAAACCCCUUCUUGAUCGAGGAUUCAAAGUUCUUGCAGUCACACCAGAUUUGCCUUUCAUGCUCAAGGACACACCAGCCGAAGCUUGGCUUGAAGAGCUGAACAGUGGAAACAAAGACCCAGGACACAUCCCAUUGUCCCAGAAUCUUGCUAAUCUUAUAAGGCUGGCCUUCUUAUACAAAUAUGGAGGUGUUUAUAUGGACACGGAUAUCAUAGUAGUAAAAGACAUGUCAGGCUUGAGGAAUGUGAUAGGAGCACAAAGUGUGGACUCAGUGACUAAGAAAUGGAACAGGUUAAAUGGGGCAAUCAUGAUAUUUGACAUGAACCAUCCAAUUCUGCUGGAAUUCUUGCAGGAAUUUGCUUCAACUUUUGAUGGGAAUAAGUGGGGACACAAUGGGCCUUACUUGGUUUCAAGAGUUAUAGAGAGAUUGGGAAGCAUCCCAGCAUACAAUCUCACAAUUUUGCCUCCGAAGGCUUUCUACCCUGUGAAUUGGUCUAAAAUUGGGAGGCUUUUCAGUAAACCAGAGAAUGAGACAGAAUCAAGAUGGGUAGAGAGCAAGAUCAACGAGCUGUAUGAGGGAGAGACGUAUGCAAUACACCUGUGGAACAAGAGAAGCAGAGAAUUAGAGAUUCAAGAGGGAAGUGUGAUGGCUAGAAUAAUCUCCCAACACUGUGUUGUCUGCGCUGCCAUAACAAGUUAAAGAGGAACAAGCUUACUCAUCUAAAUGCAAAGCGUUACUGGUUCCUUAAGAUCAAGCAAAAUUGUAAUUUUACACAUUAAACUCUGUAAACAUUUUAAUACCAAACUUCGAC